CUGAUUAGAGUUGUUCCGUACGAACUCGUGGACAUCGGAGCAAAUCUUGGGCAUCCGCUGUUCAAAAAUGAUCUCAAUGACGUAUUGAUACGUGCCCGACAGUCAGGAAUAUCUAAGCUGAUGAUAACGGGUACAUGUGAGAAAAUCAGCAAGGAAGCUAUGGAGCUGGCUGAAACAAUGCCUGGAUUCCUCUAUUUCACUGCCGGGGUACACCCGCACGAUGCAAAAGACUUUGAUACUAAGACCCUUGAUACUUUGAGGUCUCUUCAGGCCCACGCACAAUGUGUUGCUGUAGGAGAGUGUGGACUAGACUUUAACCGAAACUUUUCUCCCCCUGACACUCAGAAAGAAGUGUUCGCGAAACAGGUGAGAAUUACUUCUAUCAAUACUUUCCCUGUAACAGCUCUGAAAAUUUCCCACGAGGACAUGAUACGAAUUCUGAUGACUUUCAGUCCAAUGCUGCCACCAGCUGUCAUUCAUUGCUUCACUGGAACUGAAGAUGAGGCGAAGAAGUAUAUCGAAAUGGGUUUUUACAUUGGAUUAACAGGGUUUCUGUGGAAAGACCGCCUGACAAAUGGUGUGCAAGUGGCUCUACGCAACGGCUCCAUUCCUCUUGAUCGACUUCUCAUAGAAACUGAUGCACCAUUCAUGUAUCCGAAAAUUAGCGAUAAAAAAUUACCAGCAGAUGUGAAGGAGGCGUUCACUGAGCCGACAAAACUAUUACACAAAUUCACGUCUUUCAAUCGCAAUGAGCCAUGCGCCUUGGCAGCUGUUUGUGAAAUGAUUGCGGCCUUCAUGGGGAGGGAUCCAAAAGAGGUUGCUGAGGUUACUACAGCAAAUGCGAAAAGGGUUUAUGGUCUCCAUUAG